CCCAUCGUCGCCAGAGAACAAAAGUUCAGGGCACGAAAACAGGCGAUCCUAGAACCGGGCCAUCACCCAUCACAUGCGGGACCACCGGCAGCUGCUCCGGCCCAAAACUCUUGCGAUGAUCGGGAUACCCGUUGCCACGGCAUCCCUCUGUUUCUGGGUUGCGCGGAGCGCUUCCGAAGGGCCUCCCCCGGUUGCCCCCCGCACCCGUGCCGAUGGGACUGCGGCUGCGAGUGCGGCUGCUGGGAAGAGUCCCCGCGGGGACAGCGCCCUGCCGCUGCGAGCCGUUCCCUUCGCUUCGGGGGACGGCGACGGCCCCCGGUCGUUCCGGACGGCCGCCGAUGCGUUCUUCCGAGAGCACCAAAGAAUCCCCCCGCCCCCGGUGGCACACGCACGGCUGGCAGACCUGUCUCCGUCGGGAGACCCCGGCACGGGCAUCUCCGAGGGCAACAGCGAGGGCAACAGCGACAGCCACCGCAAGAUUCUCGUCGUUGGCGACGUCCACGGGUGCUACGACGAGCUCCUGGAGCUCCACGCUUCCGCUUUGGCCGAGAACGGCUCGGAGGCCUUUUCCCACGUCCUGCUGGUGGGAGACCUCUGCAACAAGGGGCCCGACUCGGCCGGGGUGAUCCGGCACGUCCGGACCACCCCCGGGUGGUACUCGGUGCGCGGGAACCACGACGACGGGGCACUGGCGGCGGCGCUCGGGGACGAACGGCGCAGGCGCAGCGAGACCUAUCGGUGGGUUUUCCGAGCGGACGGCGGGGGCGAAACGGAAGCCUUGUCGAGCGGUCUUUCCGACGACGACGUGGAGUGGCUGUCGGAGCUCCCGUACACCAUCCGGAUUCCCGGGGACCGGCUCGGAGACGCCGAGGACACGCUCGUCGUGCACGCCGGUCUGGUGCCGGGCACCGAUCUCGGGGCGCAAACCCCGGGGACCAUGACCACGGUCCGCGACCUGCUGGUCCGGUGCAACGGGGACGGAAGCCCCACGCACUACGAAUCCGAUGCCGGCGGAACGGGCGGAAAGCCGCCCCCCGCCGGGGCCCCCUGCAACACCGCCGUCGCCUGGGCCUCGGCCUGGAGGGGUCCCGAGAAGGUGGUCUUUGGCCACGACGCGAGGCGCAAGCUGCAGCAGCACGGCUCGGCAACGGGGCUGGACACCGGUGCCGUGUACGGGGGAGCCCUGACGGGGAUCAUCCUGCCCGGGGGCACCCUUGUUUCCGUCCCGUCCAAGGAGUAUUCGCCGAUACGAUAGCACACGCUGUAGAUCUAGAAUUGCGAACCAAACACCCACCAACCAACAAGAAACAUAUGAGACAGUGUUUUCCAAAAGCGAAUAAAUUCAAUCCUUAGGU